CCAGAGUGACCUUUCAGUGCAGCUGCCUGCGGAGGCUGCACAUGCAAAGAGAGUCGAGCAGCUGAAACACGACGACUCUAAAGCUUAAAAACAACCCACCAUAAAUGGGUUUAUCACCACAGCAGCACCAGCCGCCUCUCUCGUCUCUCCCGGUUAACCUGGACGGCUUGUUGUGGAUGGAUUACAGUAUUACCGUCUCACCGAGAAGCCUUACAACAACGCCCUGUCAGCAGCAGCCAUAGAGCGGCGGCCAUAGAGAGAUCUCCGUCAUUGACGCUGGAGGAUACUGUAAACUGCUCCUGCAAUGGCAGUCUUUAGUCACCAGGUGCUCCUUGCAGUCACAAGAUCAAGGGGAUCAUAUUUGUUAUCCAAAAGGAACAGCUGCUCCUCUCUAUCUUCUAGAGCCUAUCUCCACAUAGACCCUCCUCGCCAGGUCUCGUCCUUACACGCACUCAGGCACUCCCGCUACAGCUCCCCCCACUGUUACCGAGGCCACAACUCCGCCCUGCUCGCCCGCCCUCUACACAGCUCAGGUGUUUGGCUCCAAGACAUAAAGCAGGAGGAUGCUAAAACUUCCCCGGCCGCUGCCCAGGAUGCUUCUCCUGGAGCUAAAAAGGACUCUGUAGCCGCUUCACCCCAGUCCCAACCUCCAUCGGCUCCCACUCCGACGUCCACUGCCACCACCACCACCACCGCCACCGCAACUACAACGGCCGCUGUCCCUCCGGUGCAGGAGAGGGCAGUCGUGAAAAAGGCUCUGUAUCAGAAGAUCGUGGACGAGUUGAAGCAUUACUACAAUGGCUUCCGGUUACUCGGCAUCGAUAUCAAGAUUGCAGGCAGGAUGGUGUGGAGGCUGCUGCACGGACAACUGCUCACACGCAGGGAGAGGAGAAGGCUGAUGAGGACCUGCGCUGACCUGUUCCGUCUAGUGCCCUUCACCGUGUUCAUCAUCGUUCCUUUCAUGGAGUUCCUUCUUCCCGUCUUCCUCAAACUCUUCCCAGAGAUGCUGCCCUCCACCUUCGAGACAGAGACCAAAAAGGAGGAGAAGCAGAAGAAAGGUCUGGCAGCGAAGCUGGAGCUGGCCAAGUUUCUCCAAGAGACCAUCGCCGAGAUGGCUCGAAGGAAUAAAGCAAAAGCUCAAACAGAAGAUGAGACGCAGCGCUUCUCCACAUACGUUCAGAAGGUUCGGGGCACAGGCGAGCAGCCCACCACAAAGGACAUCGUCCGGUUUUCUAAGCUGUUUGAGGACGAGCUGACGCUGGAGCACCUGGAGCGCCCCCAGCUGGUGGCUCUGUGUAAACUGUUGGAGCUGCAGCCAAUCGGCACCAACAACUUGCUGCGUUUUCAGCUGAUGAUGCAACUCAGAACCAUCAAGUCAGACGAUGAGAUGAUCGCAGCAGAAGGCGUGGCAGCUAUGAGUGUGUCAGAGUUACAGGCAGCGUGUCGUAGUCGAGGGAUGAGGUCUCUGGGUCUCACCAGCGAACAGCUACACACACAGAUGCAGCAGUGGCUGGACCUGCACCUGAAGGAGAACGUUCCUCCGUCGCUGCUGCUGCUCUCCAGAGCCAUGUACCACUCUGACCUCAAACCUAAACCUCCAGUCAUCCCGCCUGUUCCCAAACUCGAGAAAGCUACUCCUCCUCCUGCAGUGGAGAACACCGGAGCAAACACAACCUCAGUCAGCUCGGACAUGUUGAAGGACCCGGCUCGCAUCAUCAAAGACAGACCGGUGGAGGAGAUGAGAGACAAGGCUCCCGUGUUGUCGGACAAACCUCUGACUCCUGCUGAAGUCCUUCAGGCUAAAGCAGCAACAGAGGUGUCCCAGAAGAGCAAGAUGAGUGCCAACGGUGUUUAAAGUGGAGCAGGAGACUCUGGACUGAAGGGAGGAUGGACUCAGCUCUCUGUCCUCGGGUGGAGAGGGGUGACAGCGACGUAGUGGUCAGAUGACGGGCCGUUGACGGUCUACAUUUCAGUAGCCCUCAAGUUAUUUUAUAACCGCUUCUUCUGUGUCUCUGGACCGGAGAGAUGAGGAGUCACUGGCUCCGUUCAGCAUGUUGAUGAUACAACUCAUCUAGGAGUCCUAUUCGUCCCUCUCUCUGUUAACACCCAGGGAAGGUCUGCAAACCUCUUCUGCUUCGUCUCGGCAGGUUCGAAGAGCUCUCCGCUGUCACAUGUGUGCACUCCGUUCUCUGUCACUCUCCGUUAGAGCUGGAAAACCAGCCUGACUGGCAGACCGCUAAUGGUGUGAUUACUUUGACCCAACGUCCUGGAAGUGACGCCCAAACCGCCCACGGCAGAGCCUGGUCAACUGUCUGUCUUGAUGGUGUCUCCUUACAGUCUAGACGGUCUCCUCCUCCUCCUCCUCCUCCUUCUGUAAAUUUGUAAAUAUCCUGUAUAUUUUCGUCUCUGUCUUGCAUCGCAGCGGCAGCAGCUUUGUACAUUUUGCUAUGCAAAGGCCUUGAACCGUUUUUCUCUCUUCUCUCUCUAUUUGGAUUCGCUCCUCGUCAGGAUAUGAGAGAAGUCAUCUUUUUUUUUUUCAGAGUUACGUUGCUGAACUUUUUUGGUUCAGUAGCUGUCCCACCUUCAUCUUAGCUCAGUAAGCUGGACUAUACUGAUGUGCUGAAGCACAUUCUGAACCUGCGAGUGAAUAAAAAAAGCAAAAGGCUCAGUCACAAUCGUCAUCAUCUCAUUUGGUCAGAUUUGAACCAGCCCUGCCUCUGAAUAGGGUGACGUAGCGUAGCCGCUUGCUGCUGCAAUUAACAAAUGAAGACUGAUGUAUUAUUAUUAAGAGAGAGGUCACUCCUUAAACCCAGAGGUGACUGUGGUAAAGUGCAGUCUGCCUCCACUGGUAAACCACUGAACGGACAAUCUGUACAAAAUGUGCAGAUUUUAUUUGCAUAUACAGUAUAUGUAUUGUGUUUAACACUAUGAUACUAAGAUUCCUUUAAACUGAAAAGAGAGAAUACUUGAUGUGUUAUCCAUUAAGAUAUAUUAUUAAUAUGGGAGAGAAGCUUAAAACCACAAAUGAGAUUGUUUUUUUUGGUUUUGUGGCCCUUUUAAAGAGAUAAAUGGAAAGCAUUACGACUGAUUCGCCCAACUAUCUUACUGCAUUAUUUAAUUGGAAGGUUUACCACAUAAAUGUGUACUGUAUGAAUACAGUUUUUUGUGUGUGUUUGACAGUGCUUAAAGGUUUUCCAUCCCUCUUUAUACAUUUGACAUUGUUGGAGUUUUGUCUCCACACAUUUUCCCUCAUUGCUAUUUAUCCAUAGGCACAUCCCAGAAGUGGAUGCCAUAAUUUAAAGGAUAUUUUUUAAGCAAAAAAAAAGGAUUGCUAAUGAAUAUUUAUAUUAUUGGUUUUACAUAUGUGCCUAAGGUUAAAGGGCGGUUGUGUUUGCAUUUUUCAGAUUUUCUAUCGUACCAUUGAUCAUUCAUUUCAGUGUGUUUAAAGCGUCCAGUUGAACCUUUUCCCUUCCCCAUUUGAUCAGAGUAUCAAUCAAAAUCCAAAUUAAUCCUUUCCUGCUCUGCGUACGUGGUGCAAAGGGGAUCAAUCACAGCAUUUAUUUUUUGCUUUUUAACAACACCUGUCACUGACCUGUUGAUGUGCUGCUGCUCAGACUUGUUGAUUUGAUCUGCUGGGAGGUUUUCUGACGUUGGUACCAUCUACAGCACAACAUUAACUGAUUGAUUGGACUGGUUUCACGUUUCUGCCGUGCCUCCGAGACCCUGAAACUGAAAGAAAUAUUGUAAACUUCUGCCCCAGAGUUAUUGGACAGGAUACAUUCUUCUGCAUCUACAAUUAAUUUAUCCACAGAUGAUCCAUAUUGUCAUAAAUUACCUCCCUUGUAUCACCUCUUUUCAUUCAUCAGCAUCAGUGUGUGUGUGAUAACAACACGACGCCUGUCUGGAAACUUCCUACAGAUGAUUUGGUACACCGACGCUAUCAUGUGUCUUUAAGGAUUGUUUCAUUCAGUUAAAACGUGCACUGUCUUCCCCUGCAUUUAAUGUAUGCAUCCCUUUACCAGAGCAAAUGAGUGUCUGGGUGAUGGAAAAAAAAAACAAAGAAUUCACACAAUUAAAAUCUUUAAAUCCUUUACA